UUAGAAACUCAUUUGUCGUUUGAUGUUUAGGUUACGUGGGUAGAACAUGCAGAAUAUGAUGAGAGCGUAAUUCAUCAUCUUUACCGUCCUUUGAUAAGUGCUGGCAUGGGAUUCGGUGCCCAAAGGUGGAUAGCUACCCUCCAAAGACAAUGCGAAUGUCUUGCCAUUCUCAUGUCAUCUGCUGUGCCCACAAGGAAUCAUGACGCCAUUACUGCAAGUGGGCGAAGAAGCAUGUUGAAGCUAGCACAACGAAUGACCAACAGCUUUUGUGCUGGAGUGUGUGUUUCCACUGCUCACAAAUGGAACAACCUUUGUAUUGGCAAUGUGGGUGAAGAUGUCCGAAUCAUGACCCGAAAGAGUGUGGACGACCCUGGAGAGCCCCCUGGCAUUGUUCUGAGUGCUGCAACAUCGGUCUGGUUACCGGUAUCCCCUCAAAGACUCUUUGAUUUCCUUCGUGAUGAACACCUUAGAAGCGAGUGGGACAUCCUAUCCAAUGGCGGCCCCAUGCAAGAAAUGGCCCACAUUGCUAAAGGUCAAGUUCAUGGUAAUUGCGUCUCCCUCCUGAGAGCAAGUGCGACAAAUGAGAACCAGAGUAGCAUGCUUAUACUCCAGGAGACAUGUAUAGACGAGGCAGGGUCGCUUGCUGUGUAUGCACCCGUUGACAUUCCAGCAAUGCACGUGGUGAUGAACGGUGGAGAUUCUACUUACGUUGCCCUGCUUCCUUCGGGGUUUGCUAUCGUACCUGAUGGGUCUGGGUCCCAUGGGCCCCCUAGCAACAGGGAUCCAAACCAGAGAGUAAGCGGAUCAUUAUUGACGGUAGCCUUCCAAAUCUUGGUUAACAGCCUCCCUACGGCCAAGCUCACGGUGGAAUCUGUAGAGACCGUCAAUAAUCUCAUCUCUUGCACCGUGCAGAAAAUCAAGUCUGCUCUUCACUGUGAAAGUUGAUCGUGGUCGCGGAUUUUUAUUCACAACAACAAUAAAAUUAAUCUGAUCUAGAAGCUUGUUUGUAUUUUGCUUGUGUUUUUAUCUCUUAUAUGGUGUGGCCUUGAUUUGUGUCUUCUUGAAGUGUGGGACUCUGCUGAAUUGGGGUGAGUCAAGAACGAACCGCGUGCUAAGCCAACCCUUGCCAAGGUGGUAGGAGCAUCGAGAGCCAACUUGGCUUCGGCCGAAGGUGGAUGAACAUGAACCACAUGUACUUAGCACAUGGCUAGGGUGGUGGUUCGGGUAUUGACUCAGUAAGUAGUACCCUUUUGAAUUGGCUUUAAGUAGGUGAAACUACAUAGAUGAAGUGAAACAUUUGACAUUACUGUUUUCUUGCAAUAUAUAUAUUUGCUUUUCGUGACA